AUGGAUCGCUCUCGGCACCGUGCAGGAAAUGGCAAUGAGCAGGCAUCCUCACGAGAGCGCAGUCACGGUGAAGAUGAAAGACAAUGGCAGCUGGAGCGCCUCAGUAGGGAGGAGGCCUAUUACCAGUUCAUUAAUGAACUCAAUGAAGAAGACUACAGGUUAAUGAGAGACCGCAACCUGCUUGGCACUCCUGGGGAAAUAACAGCUGAAGAGUUGCAGCAACGCUUGGAGGGGGCCAAGGAGCGUCUGGCAUCACAGACUAAUCUGGAUAACAGAGAAGGUGAAAGUAGAACUGCUGGAG